UAAUAGGAUUGUGAUGAACAAAUAUUCCCAACUAUUUCCCAACAGUCGGAAGCAUCAAAAAGCUGCUCUUCUUCGCCCCCCCACCCCCCACACAAAAAAAAAAGAACAAAAAAAAAGCAAGCAAUUAGCGGCACCCAUCAUGCGCAGGCGAAGGCAUCGCUUUUCUCUACUUUCUAUAAGCUUUACACAGCCCGUCUUUGUAUUAUUAGCACGACUAUUCUACUCGGCAUAGCCUUAUCAUCAACCUUAGAUAACACUCUCUCUCUGAGCCGAUCGAUGAGACCGCCUCCUCCUCCUCCUCCUCCUCGGACCUAGCACUCAAAAAGCAAAAGAACGGCGAGAUGAGCUCAUGAGCUGCUGCUUUUGAGACGCCCCAUGGAGUACCGCUGCGCCUCCUGCCACCGGCAACGCGUGCUCCGAUGUCGGCCCCUUCGUGUAUGGAGAGGGGGGGGCCUCAUGCACACAUGACCUCACCAUGUGCCCCUUCCUAAAGACGCCUUUGUCGGCACUUCGCGAGCGCAAAAUUGAAGUGCUUGUGAGAAUGCCGCUGUGAUUGGAAUUUAUGUAUGUGGGGUGGGCCCAUUCCCCUGUUCCGAGUAAACAAACCUCAGCACCGAUUCAUGAUGAUCAUGGUAUACGUAGUAUGCGUCGGAUCAUCACAUGAUCACCGUAAGUUGCCUCUGAAACAUGAAAGAUUAAUCAGGUAUCAUUGCAUCAUGAACUGUUCCAGGAAUAAAGGCUUUACUGCAACAAAGUCGAGAAACCUAUAGUGUCUUUGAACUCAUCCACUUGGAGGUUGUCUGACCAAAGUAGUAUUCAUAUGAAUUAUGGAUAUAUCAUUAUUCUUUUUCCCACCCAUACAAGUUGUACGCUAACAUGGUUCCUAGUUAUGCCAUAAUUGGUUGUUGUUAUUCAUGAAGAAGAUGGCUCAAACAAAAAGAAGAAUUCACGAGUGCUGGUGAGAAAAGAAAAUGAGCUAAUGGAUGGUAGAUUGACCAUAUAUGAUGUGUUUCGUACACACCAUCCUUUCAUGCUGCUGAUACUUCUAAAGGUGCUCUCUUGUCUCUUUGGCCAUCAACUUCACUACUACCGCACCAUCUCACAUCCUUGUUUCUCACAUUUUUGCCCAUAUAACAAAGACAAGUUUUGUCACAACGCAGUGUAGACACAGAGACAGUGAAUGAUCUACAUGCUGGGACAACUGGUUGUGGUUUUGGCACGAAUGGUUUGGUUCUCCUGGUUGUUGAUUCUGUGGAGUAUUACCGCAUAUAAUUCUCUGGCACGGCAUAUAUUACGUAGGCAUUCUUAUUUUACUUCUGCCUUAUGUAGGAGUUGUCUGGGGCAUCUUUUCCCUCAUGCACCUGAAAUGCAAAGGCAAAGUGCAUUGGGAUUUGUUUGGCAUGCCUGCGGAGCCUACUAAAUUAUUCUGUGGGAGCGUGUUGACGGAACCUUAAAUACUUCAUAGCUCAGCAGAUUGGGGAUGAGAAGAUUGUUGUUUGUCUUCUGUCGUCCAAGGCAGGUAGUAGCAGAGAAGAAGCAGAGUUUCCCGCUGAAGCAGCUGCGUAGCCUGUUUCUCUGAUAGACAAUCACAGGGAUUUGAUAGAUUCUGACGAGUGCAACGGGAAGCAAUCAACAUCAGUACCCAACAAAUUGUCAGCAGACAGAGGACAGCCCAAUUUCUUUCCUUGCGGUUCCAAACCAACAAGUCUGGUCGGUCCAAUCAAUCUCAGAAAACGCUAAUGGAGAUGUUUCUGAGGAAGGAUGACAAAGAAUGCAUGAAGAUGAUGAUGCUGAAGCAUGAAGAGACCUUCAGGCAACAGGUCCAUGAACUCCAUCGCUUAUAUAGAGUUCAGAAGUUUCUGAUGAGAGACAUGAAGAACAAUGAGCUGAAGAGACAGAGGCUCGUCAACCGCACUCGGUUUAACCUUGGUGAUCGAGACGCUGGCACAGUCUCGUGCCUACUGAGUGAAAGACACCGUGAACGGAGGCCACGGCGUCGGGUACUUAAUCUCGAACUUCCGGCAGAUGAAUACAUAGAAAGAGCAGAAGAGGAUACGACAUUGGAGUUGGAACAAGAGAGUGACAUAGAACUGACGCUGACGGUGGGAAGCAGCUGGAGGAAGAGGGAAGAGACAUCCUUCACUUCUGAUUCUGGAGCAAGCUUUUCCUCAUCAUCAACCGAGUCUGGAGGAGGGCUAAAGGUGAGUGCACAUAGAUGGGAAACACGGCAGACGGAAGAUGCCAACAUUAGCUACGACAAUGGCAUUAAGGAUUUCCUCGAGUUGGAAGGCCCGAGAGAUGAAAGACUAAAGCAGCCGUCUUGGCACUUCCAGUGUUUGAGUCUUAGGAUGACUUGAUGUAAGCUUUUUUAGAUGCGCUCGUAUGUCUCUAAUUAAAGGAGUCAGUGGAAAUGGGUUGAUGCCUGAGAACCCCAA